AUGGCACAGUACUUUGCUCCACCCGAGGGCCUGCGACAGAAAGUGUCAGUUUUUUCCAUCAAAUCAAACUCCCAGUCUGGAAACACAGAAACGGUAAAAAUGCUGGAGGAUCCAAGUGGCAAGGAGACAAGAGAGGUUCUCAAACUUUGGUGCUUUGACCUCUCCUACAUGUCUCGAUCCUGGCAGUUUAUGACACUGACAGCUUUAACCUUUGCCUUUUAUCUCAUUUAUGGAUACAUGCAGGAGCUCAUCUUUAAACUAGAGGGUUUCCAACCAUUUGGCUGGUACUUAACACUGGUACAGUUUGCCUAUUAUACUGUCUUUGGUGUGGCUGAGUUACAGCUUAAAGAGGACAAGAAGCGCAAAAUCCCCAUGAGCAUGUACCUGUUGCUGGCAUUUCUAACUGUUGCCACCAUGGGUUUAUCCAACACCUCUGUGGGCUACCUCAACUACCCAACUCAAGUGAUCUUCAAGUGCUGCAAGCUAAUCCCAGUUCUUAUUGGUGGAAUUCUCAUUCAGGGUAAAAAAUUCAGCUUGAUUGACAUCACCGCCUGCUUGUGUAUGAGUGUUGGGUUGAUUCUCUUCACUUUAGCAGACAGCUCUGUUUCUCCCAAUUUUAACACCUAUGGUGUGGUGUUGAUAUCCCUGGCAUUGUGUGCAGAUGGUGCUAUUGGUAAUGUACAAGAGAAAACACUCAAACAGUAUGGAGCCAGUAAUGGAGAAAUGGUUUUAUAUUCUUAUGGUAUUGGCUUCGUGUACAUCCUUGUUGGUCUUGUUGUCUCAGGCAGCCUAAUGCCAGCAUUUUAUUUCUGCCAAGAGCAUCCUGUGGAGACAUAUGGUUAUGCUGUGAUAUUUUCAAUAACUGGCUAUCUGGGAUUGUACAUAGUUUUAACGAUGGUCAAAUCUUUUGGUGCCUUGGUAGCUGUCACAGUAACCACCUGCAGGAAAGCAGUCACCAUAGUGCUGUCAUUUGUUUUCUUCAGCAAGCCAUUCACUUUCCAGUACUUGUGGUCAGGUCUGGUUGUGGUUUUGGGUAUAUACCUGAACCUAUACAGCAAGAACAAGACAAGCUGGGACGCACACAUUGCUGGAUUGUUGCAUAAAUAUGGUCUGCUGAAGCGCAAGAGAGCGCUGGAGCCGGAAAACAUUGUUUGA